AGUUCAUAGCGAAGAAGCGAUUCCUGUUGACAUCUGCCGGUAGUGUACUCACACGCUGACAGUUCAUUCUUUGGAAGUCUGUCACAGGAAUAAGCUGGAGAACCAGUGGAUGAGCGCAGAGAACAAUGUCUCCUCCACGGCUCACAGGUGCACUGCGCUCCUUCUCCACUGUCAGCAAGAAGGAGGACUUUACUGAGCAGCUCAGUGAUCUAAAGACCAAACGACUGAAGAGACGGGAGCUGUUUGCCAGAGAGGGCCUGACGUGGCAGAAGAUUGUCCAUUUCUGCAAUGAGCAUCAGGACAAAGCUAAGCAGCAAGCUGCCAGUCAGGAACUGAAGAGCCUCCUUCUGGCAGCCAAACAGAUUGUGGGAACGGAACAUGGUCAGGAGGCCAUUGAAAGUGCAGCCAUCUUUUUGUUUGAAACCUUCCACAACAAAGACCACGUGGGCACAGAGGAGACCCGGGCCAUCAAACAGAUGUUUGGUCCCUUUCCUUCAUCUGCAGCUGAAGCCUCCUGCUCCUGUGUGGCUCAGCUGGUGGCUUCACUAGGAGAGUCCCGCGUUGAGGACUUUGUCCAGACCCAGAGCUCCCGUCACAACCCCCAACGAGGCUCCACUUUUGGACGCAACAUUGCCUUCUCAUAUGACUGCUACACACUGGAGCCACUGGAGGACCUGCCCUGCUCUGGCAUCCAUGAGGAGAAAGUGAGCCUGGACUUCAUCAACUUCCUCAACAACCAGCAGAGCGGGAGGAAGAUGGGUGCUGACGUGUCCAGUUCAGAAAGAUCUGUGAGCUCUGGGGAUGGAACCAUCCUCAGAGGAGAGGUGGAGAAGUAUCUGAAUGGAGGCAACAUGAUCUCAUCCAGCCCAGAGGAGCUGUGCACCUCCCUGUUUGAAAUGCUGGCCUCCCACAAGAGUGACGAUGAGCUGCAGAAUGAGCUGUUCGAGCUGCUGGGCCCAGAGGGGCUAGAGAUGAUCUCCACUCUCCUCCAGCAAAGGGCGGCCAUCGUGGACUCCCUGCUCGCCAUCCCACCUGACAGGACUGGCUACCCAUCAGAUGUGAGCCGAAAAGUUGGUGGCGAAGUGAGCAAGCCCACCUAUGGGUGCCAGGUGACCAUCCAUUCAGAGCAGGAGAAACAAAUGAUGAAGAUGUACCGCAGGGGAGAGAAGAGAGAGAGGAAGAGAGGCAAAGGAACGGAUGACAGCGACUCUUCAGACGCAGUCAUGCCCUUCGACCCCAAAGAGAUGAGAGCCCAGCGGGAGCAGGCCCUGCUGACUGCGCGACGGGAGCCUGUAUUCAGCAGAGAGAGAGUGUACGAACGCAUUCGUUAUCCCAAUGUCUACGACAGCUACGAAGAGGCCACAAAGUCGCCUGCAUUUGUUGGAGGAGCCAGAAUCGGGCAGCUGGUCUUCAAGGGGAUGAAGCGUCUGAACAGGAUCCAGUCCUUGGUGUUCGAGACGGCCUACAACACCAACGAAAACCUCCUCAUCUGCGCUCCAACUGGUGCCGGCAAGACCAACAUCGCCAUGCUGACAGUCCUUCACGAGAUCCGCCAGCAUCUGCAGCCCGGCGGCGUCAUCAAGAAGGAUGAAUUCAAGAUUGUAUAUGUGGCUCCUAUGAAGGCCCUGGCAGCUGAGAUGACUAAUUACUUCAGUAAGCGUUUGGAGCCACUGGGCAUUGCUGUUAAAGAACUCACUGGAGACAUGCAGCUAACCAAAGGAGAGAUCCUGCGAACACAGAUGUUGGUGACAACUCCAGAGAAGUGGGAUGUUGUGACCAGGAAGAGUGUCGGAGACGUGGCUCUGUCCCAAAUUGUGCGUCUCCUAAUCUUGGAUGAAGUUCACCUUCUCCAUGAAGACCGAGGCCCAGUACUGGAAAGCCUGGUGGCCAGGACCAUCAGACAGGUGGAGUCCACCCAGAGUAUGAUCAGGAUCCUGGGACUGUCAGCCACCCUGCCCAACUAUCUGGAUGUGGCUGCCUUCCUACACGUCAACCCCUACAUUGGCCUCUUUUUCUUCGACAGUCGCUUCAGACCGGUGCCCCUUGGACAAACCUUUGUUGGAAUUAAAACCACCAACAAGAUCCAGCAGCUUCAUGACAUGGAGGAGGUUUGUUACAACAAAGUUCUGGAGCAGGUUAAAGCUGGUCAUCAGGUGAUGGUCUUUGUCCACGCUCGUAAUGCCACAGUGAGGACGGCCAUGGGGCUGAUCGAGAUGGCAAAGAACCAUGGAGAAAUAAGCUUCUUUCAACCAGACCAAGGCCCCGACUACGGCCAGUGUGAGAAACAGAUCCAACGCUCCAGAAACAAGCAGAUGAAGGAGAUGUUCCCAGAAGGCUUUGGAAUCCACCAUGCUGGCAUGCUGCGGUCUGACCGCAGCCUGAUGGAGAGCAUGUUCUCCAAAGGCUACCUUAAGGUGCUGGUCUGUACUGCCACCCUGGCCUGGGGAGUGAACCUGCCAGCCCAUGCAGUCAUCAUCAAGGGUACUCAAAUCUACGACGCCAAGCGCGGCACCCUGGUGGAUCUGGGAAUCCUGGAUGUCAUGCAGAUUUUCGGGCGUGCAGGUCGUCCCCAGUUUGACAAGUACGGUGAGGGCACCAUCAUCACGACCCACGACAAGCUGAGCCACUACCUAACCCUGCUCACCCAGCAGAACCCCAUCGAGAGUCAGUUCCUGGACAGCCUGGCCGACAACCUCAACGCUGAGGUCCGUGAUGAGGAGCUGGAGGAGCUGGAUCAGAUGUUGUGUAACUACUGCGAGCUGCCGGCUGCGGGCGGGGUGGAGAACAGCUACGGCAAGAUCAACAUUCUGCUUCAGACGUACAUCAGCCGGGGAGAGGUGGACAGCUUCUCCCUCAUCUCAGACCUGUCGUAUGUGGCACAGAAUGCUGCUCGGAUCAUCAGGGCUUUGUUCGAGAUCGCUCUGAGGAAGCGGUGGCCAGCCAUGACCUACCGGCUGCUCACCCUCUGUAAGGUGAUCGACAAGCGGCUGUGGGGCUUUGCCCACCCUCUCCGCCAGUUCCCCAACCUGAGCCAUGUUGUCCUGAACCGCCUGGAGGAGAAGAAGCUCACUGUGGACAAACUGAAGGAAAUGAGGAAAGAUGAGAUUGGUCACAUGCUUCACCACGUCAAUGUCGGGUUAACAGUCAAACAGUGUGUCCACCAGAUCCCUUCCAUCACAAUGGAGGCCAGCAUCCAGCCAAUCACACGCACCGUCCUCCGCGUUCGUCUCAUCGUCACGCCCGACUUUCGCUGGAAUGACCAGGUCCACGGGUCAGUGGGUGAGCCGUGGUGGUUGUGGGUGGAGGAUCCCAUCAAUGAUCACAUCUAUCACUCAGAGUACUUGCUCCUGCAGAAGAAACAGGUGGUAACAGGAGAGCCUCAGCACAUAGUGUUCACCAUCCCUAUCUUUGAGCCGUUGCCCUCACAGUACUACAUCAAGGCGGUGUCUGACCGCUGGCUUGGGGCCGAGGCCGUCUGCAUCAUUAACUUCCAGAACCUCAUCUUACCCGAGAGACACCCCCCACACACUGAGCUGCUGGACCUGCAGCCGUUGCCGGUGACAGCCCUGGCUAACCGGGAGUAUGAGUGCCUGUACAAGUUCACUCACUUCAACCCCAUCCAGACUCAGAUCUUCCACACGUUGUAUCACACCGACACCAACGUCCUGCUGGGGGCCCCAACAGGCUCUGGCAAAACCAUUGCGGCGGAGAUGGCCAUGUUCCGGGUCUUCAACAAGUAUCCAACCUCUAAGGUGGUGUACAUCGCCCCCUUGAAAGCCCUGGUCAGAGAGAGAAUAGAAGACUGGAAGAUCAGGAUUGAGGAGAAACUGGGGAAGAAAGUGGUGGAACUGACAGGCGACGUGACUCCAGACAUGAGAGCUAUAGCGCAGGCUGACCUCAUUGUCACCACGCCAGAGAAGUGGGAUGGAGUGAGCAGAAGCUGGCAGAACCGAAGUUACGUGCAGAAAGUCGCCAUUCUCAUCAUUGAUGAGAUCCACCUGCUGGGUGAGGACAGGGGUCCAGUGUUGGAGGUCCUUGUGUCCAGGACCAACUUCAUCUCCUCUCACACUUCUAAGAGCGUCAGAGUAGUCGGCCUGUCCACGGCUCUGGCCAACGCUCGAGACCUGGCUGACUGGCUGGGAAUCGGACAGAUAGAGGAUAUCAUCGCCACAGUAAGGGAUUCCAACCUGAAGCUGACCCUGGCCUUUGGGAUCGGCAUGCAUCAUGCUGGCCUGCACGAGAGAGACAGGAAGACAGUGGAGGAGCUGUUUGUCAACUGUAAGAUCCAGGUAUUGAUUGCCACCAGUACUCUGGCCUGGGGGGUGAACUUCCCCGCUCAUCUGGUGGUCGUCAAGGGAACGGAAUACUAUGAUGGCAAGUCCAGGCGCUACGUGGACUACCCCAUUACAGAUGUUCUGCAGAUGAUGGGGCGAGCAGGUCGCCCUCAAUUCGACGACCAGGGCAAAGCAGUUAUCCUUGUCCACGACAUCAAGAAGGAUUUCUACAAGAAGUUCCUCUACGAGCCUUUCCCUGUUGAGUCCAGCCUCCUCGAUGUGCUGUCAGACCAUCUGAAUGCUGAGAUUGCUGCAGGAACCAUCGCAUCCAAACAGGAUGCAAUGGACUACAUCACCUGGACCUACUUCUUCAGACGGCUGGUGAUGAACCCCAGUUAUUACAGCCUAGAGGACAUCAGCCACGAGUCCAUUAACAAAUACCUGUCCAACCUGGUGGAGAGAAGCCUGCGGGACCUGGAGUGCUCUUACUGCAUAGAGAUAAAAGAGGAUGAUCUGACCAUUGAGCCAAUGACUUACGGUCGUAUCGCCUCCUAUUACUACCUGAAGCAUCAGACCGUCCGCAUGUUUAAAGAACGACUAAAGCCUGACCUCCCCAUCCACGAGCUGCUUUCCAUUCUGUCGGAAGCAGAGGAGUAUGCAGAGCUGCCCGUCAGACACAACGAAGACCAGCUGAACAGCCAGCUGGCUCAGCAGCUCCCCCUGCAGGUCAACCCCCACUCCUACGACAGUGCCCACACCAAGACUCACCUGCUGCUGCAGGCCCACUUCAGCCACGCCCAGCUGCCAUGCAGCGACUACAACACCGAUACCAAGACAGUGCUGGACAACACUAUCCGAAUCUGUCAGGCAAUGCUGGAUGUAGCUGCCAACGAAGGCUGGCUCGUUACAGCCAUCAGCAUCUGCAAUCUGGUGCAGAUGAUCGUGCAGGGCCGCUGGCUGCACGACUCCUCAUUACAGACGCUGCCGCACGUAGAACAGCAAGACCUCUAUCUGUUCAGGAAAUGGGCAAACAGGAAGGGGAGGAGCGAUGCGGGAGGCUUCAACGGGCCAAUCGAAGGACUCCCUGAGCUGAUUGCUGCCUGCAACGGAAAGGAAAAUGUCUUUGCCUCUAUUGUCGGCCAAGAGUUUCACUCAAGUCAGGUUGCCCAGGCGUGGUCCUUCCUGAGUCACCUCCCAGUGCUGGAGGUUGAGAUGAGCGUGAAGGGCUGGUGGGAGGACAGCCAGGAGCAGACGGAGCGUCGCCUGCCUGCAGCAGGAGCUAACCUGAGGGAGGAGAGGCGCUGGCUGGAUGUCCACUCUGACCAGGAGUACGUCCUGCAGGUGUCACUGAGACGCAUCAACCUGGGCCAGCAGAGGAGGAAACAGGACAGUAAGGCCCAGGCUCCCAGGUUCCCCAAGACGAAGGAUGAAGGCUGGUUCCUGGUCAUGGGGGAGGUGGAUCGCAGGGAGCUGCUGGCUGUCAAGAGGGUUGGAUACGUGCGCAACCACACAGCUGUGUCUGUGGCCUUCUACACACCAGAGAAGACUGGAAAGUGUAUCUACACACUGUACCUGAUGAGUGACAGCUACCUGGGUCUCGACCAGCAGUACGACAUCCACCUGAAUGUAACAUCUGCCAGCAUCGCCGCUCAGGUUAACACAGAGGUGUCUGACUCUGUGACUGAGCUGUCCCUCAGCUGAGGAGCAGUGGCAGCAAACACACACACCGCAGCCGCGUCAGCAGCAGGGGAGCUCCAGGAACGUCUGCAGUGAUCAGCAGGAAUUUCUGGCAUCCCCAAACUGAACAGUGCAUUCAAAUGAUCAUUGGAGUUUACUAUUUUCCUCUGCCCACAUUAUAUCAGCUUCCCUCUUCUGUGGUCAUUGGCAGUGACCGUCUCCUCUUACCUUAAACUUGUGACUGCAUUGUCUAUUGGGGCUACUGUUAGAGCAGAAAAAGGUACAUUAGUAACUCGUCUAUGGAUUUCUCCGAUGGGGGUGUGUGGUAAAUGGGGGUUCUGGAAGAAUCUCCUGUGAUCUUUUUUGCGAAGUGAAAAAAAAAAUGAUGUUUUAGUUCAGUUAAAUAUAUAUUAUGUUUUUGUUUUAUUGAUUGACCCUCAUUUAACACUGAAUUACAGCAGGAAGUGAUGUUGCACAUUCUGACCACACCUCAAUCAGUGAUGUCACAGCAGAGUAUUUGACCUUUGACUAGUGACAUGAAAUACCUUCCGUAGCAUCGCUGGUGGACAAUAGUGUCCCAUUUCAGAAGGUGCCUCCUUCAGAGUCUGUUUUCUCUGGACCAAAUACAUUAUAACAAGCCAUAAACUAAAGCUUUCUUUACCAGAAGACAGAACCAGUCCUCAAUAUCUGAAAAACCUGGGAAAGGUCAUCACUUGUCUCAGUGAGACCUCAGUAUGCGCAUCCAAUGGCAAAAUGAACUCUUCCUAAGUCCCACCCCUUUUUGCUCUGUGCUCCAAUAACAAUUGAGCAAGCAUCGGACAGAACAUCAGUCAACUUUUUCCUUUCCUGUCUUUAGAUAUGCUAUGUGCUAGGCUAAUCUAUGUUGAAAAGAGCAUAAAUUAGGUAAUGUUAGCAAAAUUCUAUCAAACAGUAGAAAAUUCUAGUGAUUGCUGUAGAUUAGCUAGCUAGUUAGCUAGUGUUUUGCCAACAUUAUCUUUCAGAUGUAACUAGCUAGUAGUAGUUUGUUUAUAGCGUAAUGUU